CCCGCCUCCGUUCGUCCUGCCCUGUCCCUCCUGAGAAUCAGCCCAGACCGACCCUCUCCUCCACGCCCCCAGCUGGUCCUCGGCCGGAACGCAACUGGCUCCCCAGCCUCAUACUCUGACUCAGUUUCAGUCACCCCAUCCUGCCCCCGCGGCUAGAACUGAAGUUCUCGAAGACCGAGGACUUUGAGAGCCAGACGGCGCCGAGACUCCAAGACCGCACGAGUAGCAGAUUUUCCCCUUUUGCUUCUGAGUCAUGGCAGCUCCUAUGAAAGGCCAAGUGUGCGUGGUGACUGGUGCUUCCAGGGGUAUUGGCCGUGGCAUCGCCUUGCAACUCUGCCAAGCAGGUGCCACAGUUUACAUCACUGGCCGCCAUAUGGACACCCUGCGGGCCACUGCUGAGGAGGCACAAUCUCGAGGGGGCCAGUGUGUUCCUGUGGUGUGUGAUUCAAGCCAGGAGAGUGAAGUGCAAAGCUUGUUUGAGCAAGUGGAUCGGGAACAGCAAGGGCGUCUAGAUGUGCUGGUCAACAACGCCUAUGCCGGAGUCCCAGCACUUAUGAAGAACAUUAAGAAGGCAUUCUGGGAAGCCCCUGCCUCCAUCUGGGAUGAUAUCAACAAUGUUGGACUCAGAGGCCACUACUUGUGCUCCGUGUACGGAGCGCGGCUCAUGGUUCCAGCUGGCCGAGGGCUCAUCGUGGUCAUCUCCUCCCUUGGGGGGCUGCAGUAUUUCUUCAAUGUCCCCUAUGGCGUGGGCAAAGCUGUGUGUGACAGGCUGGCUGCGGACUGUGCCCACGAUCUGCGGCGCCAUGGGGUCAGCUAUGUGUCUCUGUGGCCAGGGUUGGUGCAGACAGAACUAAUAAAGGAGGUCGUGGUGAAAAACGACAAUACUGAUGAUCCCUUGUUGAAGGAGCUCAGAUCUAAUUUCUCCUCUGCGGAGACCACCGAAAUGAGUGGCAAGUGUGUGGUGGCUCUGGCAACAGCUCUAUCUGUGCUCACAGACCCGAAUAUCCUAAGCCUGAGUGGGAAGGUGCUGCCAUCUUGUGACCUUGCGCGACGCUACAGCCUUCUGGAUGUGGAUGGCCGCCCCGUCCAAGACUAUUUGUCUUUGAGGUCCGUCCUCUCCCAUGGCUCCAGCCUGGGCUGGCUGGCCUCCUACUUGCCUGGCUUCCUCCGUAUGCCUAAGUGGAUUAUGACCCUCUACGCUAGCAAGUUCUAAACCUCCUGGCCUGAUGUCAUAACUCUGCUCUCCCUCAGGCUACAUGGUAGGGCUUCUUCGUGUAACAAGGCAGCCCCUCCUGCCUAGCUCAUACCCUUGCUAGGGAGAGAAGGCCUCCUCUGUGUGUCUUGGGUGAGCCCUGGGGCCUUUAUGAAUCCUCCUUUAUGCCUUAAUUUUACCUGCUCCUACAUAUUACUUCUUGCCUUAGUAUUGGAAAACACUCUGGGGGCUAAUAAGUCUCAUUUCUUGGGGUGCCUGGGUGGCUCAUGGGUUAAGCCUCUGCCU